AUGCACCCUCAUACAAAAGAGACACAGAGACAUUUGGAUGAAUUUAAUAACCAAGUGAAAGCUCAAGUUUCAUCUGGAGUAAAGAAGGGAUUUUUGAGAGUCAAAUCAAAGUUUUCUGAAUGGACCAAUGCUGGCCACAAUAUGGACAACAAUGAAGACAAUGACUCAGACCAAGAUGAAGAAAAUAAUGAAGACUCUGAUGCAGAAAAUAAUCCAGAUAACAAUCCAGACAGCAGUGCAGAUCUAGAUGAGCCUGCCAAUUAG